CCAGGAAAGAAUGAGGAAAAGCGCAGAACGAGCUCACAGGGAGCUCACAGGCGACUCAUGUCUGCUCUGCUCCGUUACUCCUCCACCAUGGGAACUUUGACUCUGCGUCCACUGCUGCUGCUUCUCCUGCUCUCAUCCGCUGCGGAGGUUUUCAGCUCCAACAUCUGCACGUCACGAGGAGUCACCACUUGUCAGGAGUGCUUGGCUGUUCACCCCAGCUGUGCAUGGUGCUUCCAGGAGGGGUUUGGAAGGGGGGGAUCCAGUUUGUCUCGCUGCGACCUGAAGGAGAAUCUGGUGGAUGGAGGUUGCAGUGAAGCAUCUCUGGAGUUUCCCUCCAGCAAACUUUCCAUUGAGAAGGAUGUACCGCUCAGCAACAAGGCCUCGGGUACAGCUGAUGAUGUCACUCAGAUACGACCUCAGAAACUUCACGUUGUACUAAGACCAGGCGAUUCCAAGCGUUUCACUAUGUCAGUGAAACAGGUGGAGGAUUACCCAGUGGACCUCUACUAUCUCAUGGAUCUUUCAUUUUCAAUGAAGGAUGAUUUGGCCCGCCUUCGCACGCUGGGCAAUGAGCUAGCCGAGACCAUGGGAAAGACGACAAGCAACCUACGCAUGGGUUUUGGAGCCUUUGUGGACAAAACCAUAUCCCCUUACAUGUACACUUAUCCUCCGAGCGCGGUUGAGAACCCUUGCUAUGGAAUUGGUGAAACUUGCCAGGCUCAGUUCGGGUUCAAGCAUGUACUGGCACUGACGGAUAAGGUUGCACGCUUCACUGAGGAGGUGGAGAAGCAGCGGGUAUCUAGAAAUAGAGAUGCUCCAGAGGGUGGAUUUGAUGCCAUCAUGCAGGCUGUGGUGUGCAAGGACAAAAUCGGCUGGCGUCCGGAUGCCUCACACCUACUGGUUUUCACCACUGAUGCCAAAACUCACAUUGCACUGGAUGGGCGUAUAGCUGGCAUAGUCCGACCCAACGAUGGAAAGUGUCAUCUAGAUAAUGACAACAUUUAUAACCAAUCUACUGUGCUGGACUAUCCCUCCUUGGCGCUCAUGACUGAGAAAAUGUCUGAAAACAACAUCAAUUUAAUAUUUGCUGUAACCAGCAUUGUGGAGCCACUCUACAAGGAGUACAGUAAGCUCAUCCCAGGCACAACAGUGGGAUUGCUGUCCGAUGACUCUGGGAAUGUUAUUGAGCUCAUUCGGAGUGCUUAUGCGAAAAUUCGCUCUAGUGUGCAACUGGAGGUGGUGGGAGCCCCAGAGGAGUUGCAACUCUCCUUCAAUGCCACUUGCCUCGAUGGAGAGAUUACUGUUGGACUCAAGUCCUGUUCUGGCGUCAACAUUGGAGACACUGUGUCAUUCAGCGUGGAGGCUAAGGUGCAUGGCUGCCCUAAGGAGAAGAGCAGCACUUUUACCAUAAAACCCCUCGGCUUCAAGGAUGCCCUAGAGGUCCAGGUGGAUUUUGCUUGCGGUUGCAAAUGUGAGGCAGAUGCAGAAGCCGACAGCCCACUCUGCAGCAACGGUAACGGCACCUACGAGUGUGGCGUAUGCCAGUGUCACUCGGGUCGUCUGGGCCCUUCCUGCGAGUGCUCGGUGGAGGACUACAAUCAAUCGAAUGAAUCUAACUGCAUCCCAAAGUCCGGCAGCCUAAUCUGCAGUGGGAGAGGGGACUGCUUGUGUGGACAGUGCUCAUGCCACGCAAAUGAGUUUGGCCAGGUGUGGGGGAAGGACUGCGAGUGUGACGACUUCAACUGCUUGCGCUUUAAAGGGGCACUUUGCUCCGAUCAUGGGAAGUGUAGCUGUGGCUACUGCCAGUGUGACGCCGGCUGGAAAGGAAAUGACUGCAACUGCAGCACAAUUAUAGACACCUGCAUGUCCAGCAUUGGUCUGCUGUGCACCGGCCGGGGGAACUGUGAGUGUGGGGUCUGUCAGUGCACUCAACCCGGUGCCUACGGAGAAACCUGUGAGAAGUGCCCCACCUGUCCGGAUUCCUGCACUAUAAAAAAGAAGUGUGUUGAGUGUCAACACUUCAAGAGAGGACAGUACACCACAGACAACAGCUGCAACAAGAUCUGCAAAGAUGAGAUCAGAGUAGUGGAUAAACUGGGUUCCCAUAACAGAAAUGCAGUGAAUUGCUCAUACAAAGACGAAAAUGACUGCGUGGAGCACUUCCAGUAUUACGAAGAUGAAAGUGGCAAAUCCAUUCUGUUUGUGGUAAAAGAGCCAGAGUGCCCCGAGGGUCCAAAUGUCCUGAUUUUGCUCCCGGCGGUGGUCGGAGCCAUUCUGCUACUGGGCCUGGUUGGCCUCCUCAUCUGGAAGCUGCUGGUCACCAUCCACGAUCGCAGAGAGUUUGCCAGGUUUGAGGAGGAGAGAGCCAAAGCCAAGUGGGAUACGGGUAACAAUCCUCUGUAUAAGGGCGCCACCUCCACCUUCACCAACGUAGCGUACCGCGGCAACUGAUGACUAAAUGGAGAGAGAAACACUCAGGGGUCAGUGACAAAGAUGGAAUGUAUCAGCACAGAAUUGGACGGGAAGAAGCUUACACUGUCAUGUGACUAGCUACUGUAACUGAAGACAGCAGCCUGUUGAAAAAUAAUGAGAACUGUUAAUAUGAGUCACAUGAGGCUGGUUGCAUGCUCUUCAGUUUUGGGUUUUAAACUGUCAUGUCUACAAUGAGUGGGUUCUGUCCAGGUCCUCCCACAGUAUGCACAUCAGAGUUAGGUUAAUUGGAGGCUCUAAAUUGCUCAUAGGUGUGAAUGUGAUCGUGAAUGGUUGUUUGUCUCUGUAUGAUGGCUCUGUGAUACCUGUCCAGGAUUCAUGUUCAGGAUUACAUCUAAGCCUUGUUUCGCUUUUAUUUUUUUAUUAAAGUUGUAAUUUUCUGUUUCAGAGUGCAGCUGCAGCAUAUUCCUGCACUUCUCUUUUCAUAAAAUUGAAAAGGGCAGUUUCCAAACCAAUCAGAACAAAGUUUUUUAGGAGAACUAAAAUGUGCACCAUAGAAUUUAAAUGUUUUAUUUUUUUUUAAAACAUGGUUCAGUGCCUUUCAUAUUAAUUACCAUCUCUUUUUUAUGAUACAAAAUAGUUUAUAGUAAUUGUUGAACCCAGCAAAUCUUCAGGAUAACUUGUUUUACAAUGAUGACUGUGGUUUGUAUUGUUUUUGAAUGCACACCAGCAAUGGUAACUUUAUUGAUACCAUGGAAUGUUUCUUUAUCACUGCGUCACCACCUGUUUUUGUGAUUGUUGGGCUGUUUUUCUAUUUGUUGUUUUUGUACAUAGUGAUUUGUCCUGCCAUUGCUGAACUGUUGGUUAUGUUACACUGAAAAUGCUCUUUAACCUCUUUAUGUUUAUGGGAGAUAGUGUGAGAUACAGUGUGAGGUGUAUUUUGGUUAAAAGCUCUGAUCCUCUCAGGACAUGGCACAAACGUUCACUGUUUUUUGUAUUUGUUUGUUUUUGCACAUUUAAAAAAAAAAGAAGAACAAACCUGUGGUUUAUCUCUUGUUCUUUACACCAUGAUCUACAAAACAUGACUUCCCUUAUCAAGAUCAGAAUGAGUGGGAAAGACUUUAAUAUUUCGGACCCAAUGUGUUUAAAUAUCUGAACAGAGAUAGUAAAUUCUAUAUUUACUCUGUGAGAGGAUCACAGCUCAACAUGUGAACACUUGAUGAUGCUUGUGGAUCCUCAUUUUUGAUAUAUGUGUCUUGGAUUCACAAAUGUCACACAAAUUUCAAAUUAAAGAAACAAAAAGGGAUGAGUAGGAUAAGUUCCUGCGAUCAAUUUAAACAAGUUCAAUAUGAUGUGAGUGUUGGAAAACUACUAAAAUGAACAUCGGUGUGUAGAGUUCAAACUGUCUGUCUGACAUUUUUAUCAUGGCAUACAAUAUUUCCUGUUGUCAUCAAACUUAGGCCUUAUCGCCCGCCUGCAUUUUUUUUUCAGUUCACUGGUGUUCUAUAUGGUACCAGUUAUGGUCAUUUAACUUUGAAUGUUGUCAAACAUUCACAGCAUAUCUGUGUCACCACAUCCUGCUCACACCAGCACGACAAUAAAACUCCUUG